GGCGCCGCUGGCUGACCAUCGGCACAAUAAUUCUAAACCGCAAAAAGAAAACAGAUUGAUUAAGAGGAAGACGGUAUAAAUUGGUUUGAUAUUCUGGCUCUUGAUCAGCGGUCAGAAGAGGAGACAGGUAGCCGAUCGAUCACACGAUUUAUGAAUAUCGCGAGUUUUGUCGCCUUUUAAAUUACAUCCAUAUCAUGCAAUUCAGAGUCUGCCGCUUGGCUGGCCUAAUAUUUUUAUUGAUGGUGUUGCUCUCCAGUCUGCACACCGAGGCAAAGAGGCGGCGAAGGAAAGGAAAGUGCCCAAGAGCGGUCGUGUCUUUAACCAACAAAACUGGGUAUAUUGCAAGUCCACUGUUUCCUAAAAGAUACAAAAAUAGACAAACUUGCGUGUGGCAUAUACAAGUUAAACCUGGCUAUGCUGUCAGGCUUUCGUUUAUGCAGCAGUUCUUUGGAAUUGGACUUACAGAUGUUAAGGAAAAUUGUUUGAAAAAGGAUUAUCUGGUUGUUAGCUCCAGAAGCCAGGGAUUCUCAGAUUACAGCCCCUUUAAUGACGUGACUGGCACUCACUCCUUGAUAAUUUGUGGAAGGAAAGCUCCAUCCCUUAUUAUCAAUUCAGGAACAAAUGAAUUAUGGCUAAAAUUCCAUGCCGAUUCGCAAAAGGACGCGAAUCAGAUUGGUUUUAGAGCUAAAUUCUCUUCGGUAGAUAUAGACGAAUGCAUGCCCAGGUACGGACGUGGCUUUUGCCAGCACAACUGCGUGAAUACCCAUGGCAGUUAUUCGUGCACAUGCAGACUUGGAUACCAUUUGGCUGCAGACAGGCGAUCAUGUAUUGAUGUAGAUGAAUGCGGUAGGGGAAAAGUAUACCAUGGCUGCAGUCACCAUUGUGAGAAUAUGGAAGGGUCGUAUCGAUGCAUUUGCCCCUAUGGAAUGAAGCUUGAUGCUUCACACAAAACGUGCACUGGUGGUAUACGAUACAAUGUUGUUUUUGAGGGCGGUACAAUAAAUAGUAAGAACCAGAAGGUUUAUCAUGCAGCCGUGCCAUACGACGCGCCACUUGAAAGCCCCGUAUAUAGACUGAUUGCGAAGGCCCUUGAUUCAAAUGGAAAUACUGCCGAAAAGCCUGUUAAGUAUUACAUCAUCGAACAGAAUAACAAAUCUAGAGAUGCAAACGAGGUUUUUCACAUAGAAGAGGAUUCUGGGUACAUUGUUACUCGAAAGUAUUUAUAUGAAAAAGAACUGAAAAGCUAUGAGCUGAUCAUCGAAGGCAAACUCGACCAUUUCACAGGCGCCAAAGUAAAGGUAUUAAUACACGUGAAUGGGACGGAACCCGAUAUCAAUGGAAGAUUUUUCACGGUGUUGAUAUACUAUGGACUGCCGUUAAACCACGUCAUUUUCAACUUGAAAAACCGUUACAAGAAUGGCCACGACACUGUGUUCGAAUUUCAUAUGUACACUUUCAAUGAAUACUUCGGUAUUGUCCAGGAUAAAGGGGAGAUCUACGUCAAAGCACCACUACCCAAGGAAACUACUAAAGGGAAUGUAUGGAAGCAAAACCUUAAAAUAUUUGUCCGUAGAACUAUAGGGUUGAAGAUUAUUGCAUGGGAAGCCACCGUUACUGUUAUCAUGAUGCCUUCGUAUCCUGGAGAAGGGUUUCUGACCAAGGGACUGCUGCUUGCUGUCAGCAGGGAGAUAUCGAAAGAUAUUGGCGGCUUUACUGAUCGUGCAAGGUCAUCAUUUAAGCAAGAAAACAGAAAAGUGGACCCUUUCGAUCUUCAUAGGAUGUUCCGAAGGCCCUCAAACCAAGCAAGGAAGAUCUCCGAAGCUAAGCUGUUUUUUGACACAGUCAUGCAUAAGGUUGCAGAGAAAGUAAAGAGGACUUUCGGAUCUCCAGCAAGAAGUGGCGAGCCAAUCAUUCUCAGAAUUAAGACUGGUCAAAUAUUGUCACCUAAAAAACUUUCCGAAAUCGUGGAUGCAUCGAAGUGUUUGGAGACGGUUGUUGAGCCUAGCUGCAUUGAUCAAGAAUUCCAUUUAAAAUACCGCACAUUUGAUGGCACUUGCAACAACAUAGAAAACCCAACUUGGGGGGCUGCUGCAACCCCAUUUAAACGAUUGAUUCCUGCCAUUUACUAUGACGUUGACGGCCUGUCAGAUCCCAUUGGAUUCCCCAACCUCCCCGAAGCUCCCAUUCUUCCUACCCCUCAUGAGGUGGUGCAGAAAGCGAUUCUGGUUGAUUCCAAGUCAAAAAGACGCUCCAGUGUCUUCUCACACAUGCUUAUGCAGUGGGGUCAGUUCAUUGAUCAUGACAUCACAUUCACAGCUGAGAGUGAAGGAGGCAAGCGAUGUUCCCUUCCAAAAUGCGAUUGGUCAGCUGAUGAUUUUGAUGCGCCUUGUUUUCCUAUAAUGUAUCCGCGCAAUGGAGGGGAAUGCACUAUGUUCACACGCUCCGCCGCAGCGUGCCAGACGAACAAGGACAGAAUAGAGCAGCGACAGCAACUCAACACCAUAACGUCGUACAUGGACGCAAGUUCUGUGUAUGGUUCAUCAAAGAAGCAGGCUGACAAACUCAGAGCUUUGAACGAUACUGGACUGAUGAAAUUGACAGAUAAUGGGUUUUUGCCGUUUGAACCAAACCAGAAUCACCCUCCAAACACAUUUUGCCUGAAUUUCGGUGGAUGCUUUGCGGCCGGAGAUGGUCGGGUUAAUGAGCAAAUCCUUCUCGCGUCAAUGCACACCUUAUGGGUGCGGGAACAUAACCGCAUUGCAAGACUUCUGCGGCGUUACAACCGUCAUUGGGAAGGAGAAAAAAUAUACCAAGAGGCUAGAAAAAUAGUCAUUGCAGAAAUACAGCAUAUAACCUAUUCAGAGUAUUUGCCAAAAAUUCUUGGACACGACGGCUUGCCUAAAUACUCGGGAUACAAACCAAAUGUCGAUGCAACAGUCGCUAAUGCUUUCGCUGCCGCAGCGUAUCGGUUUGGUCACAGCCUGGUUCGACCAACACUUUCACAACUCAACGAAAAUUAUGAUCCCAUUGCACCAGAACUGCCACUUUUCAAAGCGUUUUUCAACAACAGGUUGCUACUGAAAGAUGGCAUUGAAAGAUUUUUGUUCGGUGCCAUUGGAAACUUCUCGGAAAAAACCGACCGGAGAGUGUCAAAGGGCCUGGUCAAGCAACUUUUUCAAAGCCCUGGAGCCUCACACGGUUUGAAUCUAAUAGCAAUAAAUGUUCAACGUGGGAGAGACCAUGGGCUUCAAGGGUAUGCUUAUUGGCGAGAGUAUUGCAAUCUCACGUACGCCUACACAUUUGAUGAUGCUGCCAACGAGAUUCGUAGUGAGAAACACCGCGAGCUGUUGAAGAAGCUUUACAAUGGGCGAGCGGAGAAUGCCGAUUUGUAUAUUGUUGGUCUGAUGGAGACGCUUGCAGAUGGCGCCAUGGUCGGGCCUACUUUUUUGUGCAUAAUAAAAGACCAGUUCAGACGCCUUCGUGACGGUGACAGGUUUUACUAUGAAAACAAAGGCGUUUUUACCCAAUCACAGCUAAGAGAAAUAAAAAAGACAAGUCUCGCGAGGGUUAUGUGUGAUAAUCUCAAAAGGAUCGUAUCGGUACAAGAAGAUGUAUUCAGGGCAUAUGAUAUUCCCGACUUUAGGAAGUCAUGUGAGGGAAUAAAAGGCAUGAACGUGGCGUUUUGGAGAGAAAAUUCCCUGGUCUCAGAUGGAAGUGCAGAUAUAGGUCAAUGGUCAGCUUGGGUGAAGACGGUUCGCUUCUCGACUGGCACUUGGGCAUCAAUUAUCGAUCGACAAAUUUGUGGAAAUGACACGAUAACAGAUAUACAGUGCCAAACUCUUGAUGGAAUGCCAUACACAAAUGCAGGAGAAAACACGAUUUGUGACCAGAGAUUCGGUGUUUACUGCAGAGACUCUGAACAAGCGAAAAUUGAAACCAAGUGCAGCCACUACCGAUUCCGGGUUAGGUGUGCACAAUUUCCGCGUAAAGUGUCAAAACCUGAACAACCAACCGGCUUACCAAGAGAGAAAAUACCUAUUGGGAUUAAUUGCACCAGAAAAGAUAGAAUAUACUACCAGACCGACUCAUUGGCAAUUAUAGUUGCCAAUCCAGUUGAUCCGCUUGCGUUGAUCUUUCCUGUCGCUGAAUCUGCAGUUCUAGAUGACCCAUUCAAAGUAAUGCCAAAGCAAGAAUUCAUCCAGCUGGGCAAAGGUGAACGAGGCUAUAAAAAGAGGGCCCUUUUCUCGUUCGAUCUGCGACGCAUUGCACGCCAUUAUAUUCUGCACUCUGCAAAACUACAACUGUAUUAUGUCGGUGAAAACCGACAGUCGUCACUGAAUGUACUCGCACGAUCACGGGAACCGAAAAUCAAAAUAGAAGUAUAUCUUGUCAAGAGCUCUGCUUGGGACAGUUCUAAUGUCACAAGUCGCAUGCCAUGGCAUGGUGACCAUUUAGAUUUGUCGAAAGACGUCGUUUCAAAAGUUUUGGCGUCAGCCACAAUAUCACCGUCACUGUCUGGUUGGUUGGAAUUGGACGUUUUCAAAGCCGUACACCAAUGGCGUAUCAAAGUCUCCAAGCGCCUUCGAAACUACGGAUUCCUUGUCCGCGUCGCGGGUGAUGAUCUCUCAGUCGGAGUCUACCAGUUUGUUUCUUCAAGCCAUGAAAAUAAGGCUCUACGGCCUCGAUUGCAGGUAUGCCUUACUAAUCCCAUGAUGCAGUGGAAAAGAAAAUAGUCACAUGGGAAGGCGUUAUCGAAUGAAUGCAUUCAGCCAAGAUGUCAUAAUCUCAGUCAAUUCGGUCAAGAAUGCAAGGAGUACAGACAGCCUAUGGUUUUUAUACUUGGGAACUUCUGAAUCUAUGACGCUGUUUCAAUUCUCCAGUUUUGAAUGUUUGCCGACAAGAAAACUCAGAAAGGAUUCCAGUUGGUGCUUGGAUCUGAGUAGGGGUAUUUUCAAAGCGUCAGUUUUUCAUCUCAAUUACAGUUCUAUGGGAGUGAAAUGUGUAUACAAUUUUUUAUUAUUUUCUUUCACAAAAGGACCUAAUUUUCAGUUUCUCGUAUCUAACAGACAGAGCCAUUUUCCAUCUUAAGCAAACAAGAAAUACAAGAAUUUAGCUAUUUAUUAAAUUAUAUUUACAGUUCCACUAUAAAUUUUGAUAAG